CUCACGGUGUGUCACCGUACACAGGCGGCGGAACCUUGUUACAAGUAUGGCUAACUACGACGCUAUCCCCCGGAACGCUGACCCCGAAACCCACUCUGACGUACAUACCAUUACUUAGCUCACCUGCUCACACGGAACUUAAAAAAGAUUUAAAAUUAUCGACUUAAUCCAGAAUGUCGGAGAGUGAGAGAGUGCCUCUCCUGAAGGAUGACUCUGCAAGAGAUGAUCCAGUAUAUGUCAAUGUCCCACCAACGGGUCAUACAGAGUCGAGCAUCGAUGGGGCAUCGGAAGUCAGAGAAAACACAAUUUACCAGCCUUACGUUGAAAAAAGACGAGAACUCUCCCAUCACAGGAAGAGCUACAGUGAAGGAGUGGAUCCUAUAUCCCUGUCGUGGGAAAAUGUUAAUGUUUAUGUGAAAUCUGAGAGAAAGAAGUGCUGUGGCGGAAGCUCAAAGGCUGUGAAACAGAAACAGAUAUUACGAAAUGUGACAGGACUUGUGAAGCCAGGGACACUGCUGGCCAUUAUAGGAGCCAGUGGUGCUGGCAAGUCAACACUGAUGAACGUCCUGACUGGCCGAAAUGUUGUGCAAUAUAUCAUAGAAGGAGGGAUAAAAGUGAAUGGCGUGGAUGUUGGGAAAGGCAUCAAGAACAUCUCCGCCUAUGUACAGCAGGAUGAACUGUUCCUGGGAACACUCACUGUCAGAGAACAACUCAUCUUCAGGGCCCUACUGAGGAUGGACAAGAGCCUUAAGAAGAAAGCACGGUUGCAGAGGGUGGAGGAGGUGAUUACAGAGAUGGGACUGAGCAAGUGUGCAGACACUCAAGUGGGGACUCCCGGACGGACCAAGGGCAUUUCUGGCGGUGAGAAGAAGAGGCUGUCCUUCGCUUCUGAGGCGCUGACCAACCCCCCACUGAUGUUCUGUGACGAGCCGACGUCUGGACUGGACUCCUUCAUGGCCCAGAACAUUGUCCAGACCCUCCAGAACAUGGCAUCCAAGGGCAGAACAAUCUUGUGUACCAUUCACCAGCCAUCGUCAGAAGUCUUCGCCAUGUUUGACGAGGUUUUGCUGCUGGCAGAGGGGAGAACGGCAUUCGUAGGUCCAUCAAAAGAGGCAUUUGAGUUCUUCUCAAGCAAAGGCUUCCUCUGCCCUCCAAACUUCAACCCUGCAGAUUUUUAUGUGCUUACACUGGCCAUUGUACCAGGGAAAGAAGCCGAGUGUCGGGACAAAGUGGAGAAACUAUGCGAUGCUUUCAGUGGGAGCGAGACUUAUGGGAAGAUGAAGACAGAUAUCAAUGAUGUCAGCAGCAAAAUCCAGGACCAAUCUUCAUCGGUUGUGUUUGAAGAUGCUUUUGCCAGCGGGAAUGACAGGUAUCAGACAUCCUGGAUACGGCAAUUCAGUACGGUUCUGUGGAGAAGUUGGAUCAGCGUGUUCCGAGAUGUGAUCUUGUUCCGGGUCAGGGUCUUGCAGACGUUGCUGAUUGCUUUGGUGUUUGGGCUGAUCUACCUCAAGCAGGAAUACAACCAGGAAGGUGUCAUGAACAUCAACGGUGCCCUCUUCCUCCUCAUCACUAAUGCCUCUUUUAGCAGCAUGUUUUCCGUCAUCAAUUCUUUCCCUAUUGAGCUAGAAAUCUUCAUGAGGGAGUAUGGGAGCGGCCUAUAUCGAGUUGAUGUCUACUUCUUGUCAAAAACAUUUGCAGAGCUCCCCACCUUUGUAUUUCUGCCCUGGCUGAUGGUGCUGGUCCUAUACUGGAUGAUAGGGUUUUACAAUGAAGCUAUCACCUUCUUGAUAUGUUCUGGGGUUGUGAUUCUUGUAGCCAACGUGGCAGUAUCCUUUGGCUACUUGAUCUCAACAGUAGCAGGCUCCGUGAACAUAGCUUUAGCUAUUGCACCCCCCUUACUUAUCCCAUUCAUGCUGUUCGGAGGACUUUUUCUUAAUAAUGGCUCCGUCCCCGUGUACUUCAUCUGGCUCAAGUACAUCUCGUGGUUCCAGUAUGCAAAUGAGGUCCUGUCUGUCAACCAAUGGGAGAAUGUUCACAGUCUAGAAUGUGGACCUAGCAACGGUACUCUCCCUGGCAACGGUACUGAUAGUCCGCAACGCUGCUACAGAGAUGGCCAAGAUGUCUUGAACUACCUCAACUUCACUGAGGACAAUGUGGUCUUGGACCUGUGUCUGAUGUGUGCGCUGCUGGUGGGGUUCCGCUUACUCGCCUUCCUCGUCCUCCUCUUCAAGGCGCGGAGGUCCAAGUCCUAAACAGAUGGAGAUUGCCAAUGGUGUGUCAUGAAUGCCUCUCUGGCUACCCACAAAUUCAAGCCAAACAAGUUGUUUGUGGUGCAAUUGAAUCUGAGAUUUCACAGUGGACCAGAAAUAAUAUAUUUCACUUUCUGCAGGGAAAAUUAAAAUAUUUAGAAAAAUGACUUAUGUGAGUGUCAAAAUUGCAAAAGGAAUUUGGUUACCAUUUUCAUGUCUUCUACAAAAAUAGUCUCAAUAAAAUCAGAUCUGCUAUUCCAGUAGUUACCAUGGUUACAGUCUCAUGAUUUCGACACCUUGGUAUGAGUGAAGUAUUGAGACCAUUGUAUCCUUUUCUGUUUUUCAAAACUGAAUUAAACCAACAAGAACCAAAUUUCAAUUAAAGGGGAAUCUUCAAAUCAUUGUCAGUAUUUUAUCUACUGUUUUUUUCCCAGCGCCAUGGCAUUGACCCCCAAACAGAAGAAAUAUUUGUGUUCUGAUACGGGGUUUAACUGUCUGGCUGCUGAAUCAGUUAUUGAACCAAUCAGAUUUCUGUAUUCAUUUCACCCACUCUCUUCACAGAGCCUCAUAAGGAAAUUCAUCUAGCAGAUAGAGUCAGGAAGUGAACUGUCUGCUGGAUGAAUUUCCUUAUGAGGCUCUGUUAAGAGAGAUUGUCUCAAUAACUGAUGCAUACUUCAUUCAGAUUGGGGAGAGUGGGCGGUGGGGUAGCCUAGUGGUUAAGGCGUUUGCUCGUCAUGACGAAGACCCCGGUUUGAUUCCCAACAUGGGUAGAAUGUGUUAAGCUCAUUUGUGGUGUCCUCCACCGUGAUAUUGUUGGAAUAUUGCUAAAAGCAGCGUAAAACCAAACUCACUCACUCACUCAGAUUGGGGAGCCAAAGUUUACACAGGGUUAUAUGAAACAAUCUUCUAUGGAGGUAUCAUCCUAACCUAACACAGGGAGGUGUCUUAUCAGAGUAGAAGAUCUUGUUUUAAUGUAAUUGCUUCAGAGGCUGACACAGAACUGAUACUGCUGGUGUGUGUGGAAAACCAGGAAGAAGACCAGAACUGAAGACUUUGCCCAGGAUCAUUGCAUAAUUUCUUUACAAGGAAAUCCAUACCUUUCUCUGAAUAUAUAGACUCACCUGCCAAAGAUGUACAUAGAAUUAUUACCAGCAUUCGAAAUACCUGCCUACCUGACCGCCCAGGGUGGGUUAUUUUCAACACGGACUGCCAGAUUCUCAAAUUCACCUGCCCAAC